CCAGCAUGUUGGCCGUGCGAGAUGCUGAAUCCGUAAGAGGGAUUCAGUCGUACUGCCUGGGCCCUCUCUGUCGCACGGCUAACGCCCGGUCGGCGAGUGUGCGAGGCUGCGUUCGCGUGCCGCGAGGAGCCGAUUUCCUCCCUCGGCGAGAGCUUCUCUUCGUCGGAAAGGAAAUCGAGAUGCACGGCGGGAUGGAUACGUCCGCAUGAGAGGGGUGCGCUGCGUGAUCUCGCUGGGGAUAACCGGUGUUGCAGAGCACAUCCGGAAGCGGACGAGAACGCGGACGGUACGGGAACGAGGAUGGGAGUGUACGUGACGGGCGUAAUUGGCGUGAUUGUGUUUUACAUCGCGGUGCUGGGCGUCGGCGUAUGGGCCGCCGCGUUCAAGAGAAGGCAGGCCGCGCAGGGCCACAUGCAGGAUGACAUGAUGCUGGCGAAUCGACGCCUCGGACCUUUGCUCGGCAUCUUAACCCUCAUCGCGACAUGGGUCGGAGGAGCCUUCGUCAACGGGACCGCCGAGGCCAUGUUUACGAGAGGUCUGGCCUGGUGUCAAGUACCUAUUGGAUACAGCCUUAGCUUGAUUUUCGGUGCCUUGCUCUUCGUGCGUCCGAUGAGGAAGGCCGAAUACGUGACGAUGCUGGACCCCUUUCAAGAACGAUACGGCGCGGGUGUCGGAGGCUUGCUCUUCCUUCCGGCGCUCUGCGGCGAUCUGUUUUGGUGUGGUGCCGUCCUGAGAGCGCUGGGAAGCUCGCUGGCCGUCGUCGCCGGGAUCGAUCCAAACAUCAGCGUUUGCGCCUCCGCGCUCUUAGCGGCCAUAUACACAGUCUUCGGCGGUCUGUAUUCCGUGGCGUGCACCGACGCGUUGCAACUGCUGUGCAUUCUAUUGGGUUUAGCGAUCGCCGCACCAUUCUCCAUGUUGCAUCCGGCGGUGUCAUUCGAGAAUAAUCUGACUUCAAAGGACUGGUUGGGACAUGUGAAGAACGAAGAUCUGGGCGAGUGGAUAGAUGGCAUGUUGUUGCUAGUGUUCGGCGGUAUACCUUGGCAGGGCUACUUUCAACGAAUCCUAAGUAUUAAGAGCACUUCCGUUGCAACGACUCUAUCGAUAGCUUCGAUGUUUGGUUGUCUGAUACUCGCGGUACCAUCGGCCGUCAUUGGGGUAGUCGCUCGUGCUACCGAUUGGAGCCUGGUUCCAGGUUACAACAGAACGUUUUCCACGGAUGACGGUAACGCCGCGUUGCCGAUGGUCUUGCGGUAUCUCACGCCCCAAUGGGUAUCGUUCGUUGGUCUUGGCGCAAUCUCGGCGGCAGUGAUGUCCUCGGCAGAUUCCAGUAUACUUGCCAGUAGCUCCAUGUUUACCAGGAAUGUCUACAAGCUCACGAUACGGCCAAAAGCGUCCGAGCGUGAAUUAAACUGGGUUCUGAGAAUUUCCGUAAUCGCGGUUUCUGUACUGUCCACUCUCGUCGCUCUUACGGUCAAUAGCGUUUACUAUCUCUCGUACCUGUGCUCCGAUCUUGUCUACGUCGUCCUAUUCCCGCAACUAUUAGCUGUUAUUCAUUGGCCCACUAUGGUGGACACUUAUGGGUGUUUGGCGGGAUAUUUCAUUGCUAUUGUUCUACGUCUCGCUGGGGGUGAAAGAGGUCUCGGUAUACUCCCGCUGAUCGAAUAUCCGUUCUACGACACGAAGACACGUACUCAGAAAUUUCCCUUUCGCACCGCCGUCAUGAUAAUUGCUCUUUUCACCCAACUCUUCACUAGUUUCCUCGCUAGAACCUUACUUGGCAAGGGCUAUUUUCCACAAUGCUGCGACGUGCUGAGCAUCUACUCGCCCGGGAAAUCCAAAGAAUCGUCGGGCGUUAUGCAAAGUAGCUCUGGUGCCGCCCUUAUGGAUUCGUCCUCGAAAUCAACAUCGGGGAUAGACUCCUGCGAUGGCGUUUAUGACGACGAAAGAACCUGCAGCCACGAGGACGAUCGUGGCGAGGGCGAGAUGGUAAUCGCAAACGAUGUCCUCGAUUUAUCGAAGACAAAGAGCGUCGGGAUGUCGGUGCAACGAGCUAAUCACAAUCUGCAGAAUCUGCCGAAUCUGCGUAGCGCGAUACAGACGCCGGCGCGGCACGUCUCCGUGGCGAAUCAGUACACGCCGAUACAGACCGACAGAGGUCAGAUCCUCGGGGUGAGGAAUCUGCGCAGCCCCCUUGGUUCCCAGGUGCUCUCGCCCACGCGGUCGAUCGGUAUCCCGGCGACUCCGAUCACCCCGUGCGCCCCUUCUUACGCCAAGGUCGGCUGCGAGCUCGGGCCGAGCAGCGAGAAGCCGCGGGACGGAAUCAGCAUCGUUGACAGAAGCAACAUGGAGUACAACGCUCAAGAGAACCCGCCGGCCAGCGUCGGGCCCAGAAAGAGCGUGAAGGGGGUGAAGCUCGUCGGUAUGGAGGGCGGCACGUUACGGAGACCGUCGCUGCAGCUUCCCGCACAUAGCUCCCAUGAGACGGCCUUUUGUGUCGCGUGUCCUCAGGGCACAUUCUCACCGACGCCGUCGGUGGAGUUAGUCAACAUUCUGGACAGAAGACAAAGCGGCGGCUCGUACGGACCGGGUUCUCUGUCCCCCGUACCAUCGACGCCGGGGCAUGUAGGGGCAUGUAAAACCCAUGGCACCGCGACUGAGGGACAAAGCGGAAACGAGCAUUGCAAGAUAAAGAGAGGCAUCGUGCGGCAUCACAGUUUGCGCAGCUUCAAUGACACGGGCGACCGAUCGGCGUUGACGACGCUCGCCAGACAGCCGAAUUACCCGUCGAUGCCGCUAAGGCCGGAGGACUGCCGUAUGACGUUAGCAAGAAAGGACAAGCGGCUGGCCACUAUCGGCAGGCACUCGUCAAUGACAAACGAAACGGAGCUGAGCAACACGAGCAGCCUGAUCGUUUGCAGUCCCACCUACAGCAUGUACAGUUCGGCCGCGAAGAGCUCCAAUUAUUUCGUCACCGAUGACGAGGCUGUCAGCAGGUUCUAAAGCGGGAUUUCGCGGCUAGAAUUUUCAGAAUUGGAAAUAAUACUUGCCUAUUCCACUUGUCGAACGCAAAGAUCGAAAUCGGCAUGUCCGACUGUUGCAAAAGGUUCUGUCGUUUUUCCGUUCGUCAUUGUAUCAUCUUUUUUUGGAUAGAAGAGAUGAAGAGCAAAUUUAAAAGCGUGGGGUUUUUUGUAAAAAAGGGCAUUAAAAAACUUCUCAAAUGAAAAGAAUGAUAUAGCUUUGAGCGAGAAUACUAUCUGUAAAAUAUUUUACUUUCGAUAUUAUAUUUGUCAUGGAGAACAAACCUCUUGCAUCAGUUGUCCCAUUACAUCCCUGCUCUGAGACACAUUUGGAGAACGCGAAAGCAACAAGGACAAUCAUAAAACCCAUUACUCUCCUGACGUGCUCAAUCGUGAAAUUCCACGUUUGUUGUACGAUGGAUUCUAUGUAGAACCAUCACACAAAUUUAUAUAUGCGUAGAAAAAAUAUAUGAUCGUCUUUCAAUCAUUGAGAUGCUCAGCAUAUAUCAUGAUUAAUUAAUAGAAUUUAUACUGAGAGUGUUUUGUAUUACAGACUCGAAGCAAUUUGCAUUACACGCUCACAUAUUUAUAAUAAUUUGUGUCCUAUAAGCCCCGUUAUUAUUAGCUAUGUUAUUAUAUUACAUUUUUUUGGUUCAAGUACAACAUUCAUUAUUCACGAAGAUCCAAGUUGAUGAAAUAUAUGAUAAUCUUAUGAAAGUUACUUUGUAAGGGGAAGUUAUUAUACAGGAUGUCAAAGAUUUCGCGUGACAACAGUUAAUGGCAGAUUAUUGAGAUGAUUUCGAGAUGGAAAACUUAAUUACUGUAACGUCGAGGCUAGAAUAGUUUUUAAAAGAAAAAUGUUUAAGACUUAGGCUAUCAGAAUUCAAUAAUGUAACAGUGUUCAACAAAACUAAUCGACCGUAAAAAUGAAAACACACUAAGGUCACUGUCAAUAUAACUCUUGAUGAACGUUAUAAUUAACAUAUAUGUAUAUAUAUAUAUAUAUUUAUAUAA